GCCGGCUCGGGUUUUCUGUAUUUUAAGAAGUCCCGAGUUGGUCGAUACCAUGAUUGUAACAGGGUAUCAAGUUUAUUCAAGGACACAGUCGAAACCAGUGCGUAAUCCAGGAUUUUCAAAAUGUAGUGGUUCAAUAUGGCGGCAGAGUCCUGUACCAGUAGCAAUACGUCCGUCCGCGCCCUACAUUCUCAAAUUAAAAGAAAUUAUACUAGAUCAUAAGUAUAUACUCACUUUCCUUUGGCGACCAAGAGAAUACCAAUAUCCGAAAAUUGGCAGAUUGGUCCAAGACAACUACGGCAUUAUGUCAAUGCGAAUUAUUUUAUUAGUAAACGUUGCUGCUCUUAUUCCCGUUUCAAAAACAUUUAUGAAUAGUAAGUUUGAAAAAGAGCCUCCACCCUGGAUUCCUAUUGGUGAAGACACACAGAUAAAACUUCUGGAUAGAAUUGUUGGCGAAGAGUUAUAUUACACAUGUCACCUUAAAUUGAUCGCGGAAUUCAAAUUUGAAAGCUACGGCCGUGUGCCUGUUAUGAAAAUCCUGUCGGAUGCGACGGAUCACAGAAUAACACUUUUUCGCAAAUUUGACCAUCAUAUUUGGAGAAUAGUAGAACUAAAAACAACAGAUUCUGGGGUGUACGGUUGUGUUACUAACAAUGCAACUAACCAAUACGUGCUUAAAGUUGCAGUACACGACCCAAAACUGUUUCUAUGGACGUUAUCAGAAAGAGGAAUGACACCGACUCGAUAUAUAGAAUUAGGUCGGACGCGAGCAAUUCUCAAAUGGGACGAGUGGAUGCCAUGCGAUGGAUGUGCCGGUACUGGGGAACGUCGAAGGUUCGGAUUUUGUUACGUAAAGACGAGAACAAGACUGAUACAUUGCAUCGAUUCCGGCAACAUUAAGACGCCCAUGCGGGAAUUAGCUGAACGAAAAAGAAAUGAAAUUUUAGUAGAAACGUGUUACGACGAGUGUGACGAAGAUGACGACAUAUUUAAGCCGAUGUCUAGACUUUCUCUCCUUGUCGAAAACACGGAUAGUUUGGAACUACGCUGUCCAGGAAAUAUAACAAUGAGAACAUCCAUUAAAUGGGAACUUCAAUUCAGCACUAUACUCAGAAAAGAUUACAGCUUUGGAUAUGGACCUGCGAAAGAAUACUACAUUACACGAACAAAUGGUCUUCAAAUUAAUCAUAUAAACUUUCGGGAUCAGCGCCGGAUCUUCCUAGCUUGUGUAGUAUGGCGUCAAGAACGUCAUACAUUUGAACUCACUUUGCUACCAGAGACUGAUAAAAUUGCAGAAACCAUUGAACAUAUUCGCAUGAUGGCGGUUUCGUGCUCGAUUCAAUUUGCGUUAUUUUUGGUGAUUGUUCUUGUCAUCGAUUCGAUGAAAGCAUUUUCCGAAAGUGUUAGCUUAAAUAGAAACUUAUAAAGAUGAUAUGCAUUUUUAUAUUUUGAAUAAUAAUCGCGAGUGUGCGGUCUUGGUCUUACAAUAGGUAAACCCAAUAAAAUCGAAAAGUAGUUGAAAAUAUACCUUUUGUC